AUGGGAACGUUGUUCAAACAGUGCCAUGAUGGUUUGCAGACGCGGUACCACAACUUGAGGAAUGAGAUUCGUACUGUUACAUGGUGAGGUUUUACAUUUUUUAAAUAUAUUUUUGAGCUUAAGCACUGCGGAAUAGGCUUAGUCUUUGACUUAAGCUUGUGCUUAAAAUUAGGCUGAGGCUCAAGUCUAGGCUUCGGUAUAGGUUCAGGGUUAGGCUCAGGUGUUUUCUUGGGCUUGUGCUCGGGGCUUAGGCUUGGGUCAAGUCUAGGCUUCGGAUAGGUUCAGUGAUAGGCUCAAGUAUUAGCUUGGGUUUGAGCUCGGGCUUAAGCUUAGGAUUCGGUUUAGGCUUAGGCUUAAUUAGAAGCUUAGGCUUAGGCUCACGAUCUAAAGAUUUAAAAUUAAGCUUGCGCUUGGGGUUAGUAUUAAGCCUAGUGAGCGUAGAUUUUUUUUGUAAAGAAAGUUCUUGCCGUUUAUUUUAAAUAUUGUUUUUACUGUUUUUCUUUUAAAUUUUUGUGUUAAAACGUGUUGUUUCAGAAACGUUUUGCACUUUUAGCUCGUAUUGUUACACAACUUUUAAUUGAAUUAUGUUUAGAUUUUGUCUAAAUAAUCUGAUAAAGUGCACGUAAUUCAGAUAUUUUUACAAAAUCACAGACGAAUUUUACUUUCUUGCAAAAAAAGAUAUCAAAAACAAAAAAUGAACUUUGUUUUACUAUAAAAAAUGGCAAAUCUUUUGAAGAAUUAAAGAUGGUACGAACUUUCUUUACAAUAUAAAAAAUGGCAAGAACUUUCUUUACAAAACAAAAAAUUGCAAGAACUUUCUUUAAUAAUCUUGAACUGUAAUGUUAGGAACUUAUACAUAUGUAAUUCACAGAGUAAAAAUUAGUAUUUUACAAAAUAAUCUUACCUUUAAAAGAAUAAGAAACACCCUCAAAAAACGUUAGAGUUCAAUUUUUGCUUCUUUCAAUUAGAAUACCUUGACAUUGUUUUAGGUUCGUGCACACGACAAUACUCACGUUCAUAUUCGGCUUGCUGUUUAUUUGCAUUGGGUUAGUAUUCGUACGGGUUCAGGACGAGACGGUACGUGCUUUUUGGUGUUGAAUUUAAUUCUUUUGACUCUUGUUAAUUGAUAUUUGGUUAAUUGAAUUAGUCUCUUAUCUCAAAUUUAAUUUUUAUUUAAGUGUUCGUACUUGUUAGUGGUUUGUGAGGGUAUGUGUCAUGGUUUUGUAAGCUUUGGUUUAGGAUUGAUUUAGGAUUAGUUUCUUAGGCUUAGUAGGCUUAGGUUUAUUAGACUUAGGCUAAGUACUCUCAUUCUUAGUAGGUUUAGGCUUAGUCGGCAUGAACUUUGUAGGCUUAGGCUUAGUAGGCUUAGACUAAGUUGUCUCAUUUUUAAUAGGCUUAGCCUCUGUAGGCCUAAACAUACUAGGCUUAAGCUUAGCAAAUUUCUUACCGUUUUUCAAUUCCAAAACAGUUUUUUCUAAAAUGUAAUUGAAAGUUUAUCAAAACAAAACGAAAUAGAAUUAGCUUUGAAAAUUUGUAAGGAACCGUCUGGAAAUUUCGCAAAAAACGUUUGAAAUUCGAUUUAAACGUGAAUUUUUGUAUUUACACGUCGUUCUUCGUCUUUGUUACAGACUUAAAACUUUUGAAAACUUGACGUCAAAGUUUAAAAGUUUUGUCUUUGAUCUCUCUUUUGUUUAGUCAAAACAAAAAAUUUUAAAGAGCUUGGGGUACUGUUGUGCAAAUACGAAACAUAAGCUUAAACUUUGUUGAAUUUAAAGGCUAUUGCUAGUGUUUUUACCAACGAUGAGGCAAGGUGUAGCUAUGAUAGGAAUAGUAACAAGAGAGAACAAAGUCAGAGUUAAGUUAGGAUAAUGCUAGUGUAGGGCUAGGAGGCUAAGGUAGGGUUAUGGUAGGGCUAUGGAAGGGCUAGGGUAGGACUAUGGAAGAGCUAGGGUAGAAAUAUGACAGGGCUAGGGUAGGCUUUACGUCAUUUUAAAACUUUAUACUUUUGGCUAAUAUAAUUCAGUAGCUUGUACAAAACGAAAAGCUAUUUUUAAACGCUACGUCAACUUCAAUAUGAUAAUUUAGAUACGAAUCGUGCAAAAAAACUUGUAAAAAACAAUAAUAUCUAGCAUUUGUAUGUGAAUAUCACUACAAAUAUGUUACAAUUAUUAUAUCUUUGUUUUGAAAAACAUUCGUUAUGAGAAAAAAAUUUUGCAAAAACAAAAAACACUGUAGAUAAGAAAUUAGUGACAAAAACUUGUUCGAUUUUUGCAGUUUUAGGUCUUUUGACGUCAAAAGGCUACAAAUUGGCAGCUGUUGUUAAAUGUAGAAGAAAUUGGAUUAAGUUACCAUUUUGAAAUGUAGGGUAGAGUAGGUUAGGGUAGGGUAGGGUAGAGUAGGGUAGGGUAGGUAGGGUAAAGUUUGUUAUUGUUUAAAAAAAAUUGAAAUUUUCAAAAUUUUCAAUUGAAAACAUUUCCGAAAUCAAAGCCUUUUUCAAUACCACAUGGUAGCAGCAUGAUUUCAGACGAAAACAAUUUAUAAUGAAACAAAAAGCACAAGUUUUUUUUUGCUUUUUCUAAUUGCAAUCAAUCAGAAAAACGUUGAGUACUAAAAGGUGUCGUUAGUUUUAAUUUUCCUUGUAGAUUUAAUUGAUUUUUAGGUAAAAAUCAAUAAAGAUCAAGUCUGCGGCUCGAGCUAGGGAAAGGGCUCAACCUAGGGCCCGGGUUAGAGAGAAGGGGUUUAGAGCUAGGGCUAAGUCCAGGGUUAGAGCACUGGCUAAGGCUUGAGAUAGAGCUAAAGCUAUGGAUUGAGCUAGAGCUUGAGCUAGGGUUUGCGCUGGGGCUUCAGCUAGGGCUUGAGCUAGGGCUUGAGCUAGGGCUUGAGAUCAGGCUUGAGGAAGGGCUUGAGCUAUGGCUUGAGCUUGAGUUUGAGCUAGGGUUUGCGCUAGGGCUUGAGCUAGCGCUUGAGCUAGGGCUUGAGCUAAGGCUUGUGCUAGGAUACGGCAAGGCUGGAACUAAAAAAUCAUUUCUCUCACCUCUUAUAGUCUCUAAUACACUCCCUUACCCUCACCUUUUCAAGACUCUAAUAUCUACCCAAAUCCUAAUUUUACAGGCGAUUGGCUGGUCGUUGGUCAGUGCUGGCUCAUUAGCAAUCUUAUUAGGUAUAUUUCUUCUAAUCGUACGAUGUGUAAUACCGUCAAAACCUCAACGACAACAGCGAAGACGACGCAGAACCAGAGCUAGAGUAUGGACAUCAAGAGCCAGUGAAAGGGUUUGGAACGGCCGAACGGUCGACCUUUUCGCUGGACCUGUUGUGUCGCCGCCAAGCUAUGAUGAGGCUAGGUAAGGGAGUUUGAUUAAUAGUUUUUGCCAUUUUUGAAUAAUGCUUUGGGCACAAUUUUGAGAAUUUUUAAAAUUUGGUUUUGUUUGGUUUUAAGAAGUCGAGAAUUGUUACCAAAAAUCUUUUUAAAAAUCACGUAAAGCAAGGUCAAGAUCAAGGAAAUCAGUGGGAUUAGAACGGCCAGCUGAGAGAGCUUGGCCGCGGUUUUUAAGCUGUACAAACAACAAAGUCAAAGGAUUGUAUGAAGAUUAAUAUGAGCUUUAAAAGCAUAAUCUUUAGAGCAAUCUCGGGGAUUAGGCUUACACUUGUCAAUAGGUAUCAAUAAGAUGUUGUCUAUAUAAACUGUUAGGUCCCUAAGACGUUCAAUUCUGUAAAACAUUUUACCUUUCUAUUUUACAUUCUUAUGUUUAUGUUACAGUACCUAAUACUAACCCACAACUUUCAAAAGCCCACUCUAACCCAUCACUGCCAAAACUACAUUAAGCUUAAGUAAAAUGCGAUUACUUUUAUCGCAUAUUAUAGUAGAAGCAGGAAGUCGGAACGUGAGAAGGGAAAGACUGAAGAACGCCGAAAGACGUGUUUAUCACAGCGUUCCUCUCACGUCCGUACACUUUUACCCAUUAUCUCAAAACGAGUACAUUUUUAUUUGCCAGACGGCAUGGAAAUUGCACUUUGGGUUAGCUUGGCAUUUUUUGGUUGGGGUAAGAUGAUUUAAGGGCAGGGUAAGCUAGGUAGGGGAGAGUAAGGUGGCAUAUAAUAAGAUACAGUAAGGUAAGGCAAGGUAGAGUAGUAUAGAUUAAGGUAGAGUAAGGUAGCGGAGUGUUAGGUAGAGUAUGGUAACGUAGAGUACGUCUGGGUAGGGUAGGGCAAGUUAGUCCACACAAUUUUUUUUUGCCACGGGCCCCCCUACCUGCGGACUUUUUUUUAGUUUUUUUUCGAAAAUCAACCGGAGGGUUUAUGAAAAUCCCCACCCCUCCCAGCAAUUAACCUUUUAACACUACCAGGGCCGGGCGGGGACUUUUGGUCAGAGGGCGGGGGUCGAAAAAAUCUACAGGGGGGGGACCAAGUUCAACUUUUUUUGAAAAUUUGUGUACCCUCCUCCCCUCCAAAGGAACAGCCCUUCCCACAUUAAACUUGUUUUUAUGUACAUUUCCAAAACCAUAUUACUCCAACGCCCUUCUGACGUUGAAUUUGUUAAUUGGCCUUCGCGUCAUUUGGCCACUUUAUGGGCCAAGUUCCCUUUAAUUAAUUGUUGUUUUUUGCUUUGGACAGGACUUUUUGGACACUUUUGUGAAAGAUUCGGCCAUUUUUUCAGUUUAGAACACAAUGAAAAAUGGCCUAUUACUUUAUAAAACAGUGUCAGUUUUCAUCCAGUUGUACUGAUCUGUGUUAGAUGAAUUGGGGUAGGGGUAUUAGUAGCAGGGGUAGUAUAGUAAGCGUAAGGGUUGUAGAAGAUGGGGUAGGAAUGGGGAUAGGGGUAGGGGUAGUAGGGGACCUGUGUCUAUUUUUUGCGAAAAUUUUUUUCCAAAAAUCCACAGAGGGGGGGGGAGACCACGUUCAACUUUUUGCGAAAAUUUUUUUUGGGAGUUCCCCACUAGAUAUGAUACACAGGUUGGUCAAGCAAACACUAUCAUUUUUUGUGCAAAACCAUAGUUCAUCUAUAUGAAAUACCAUGUCGUACGAAGUCAUGCUGCAGCUUAUUGUCGUCACAAGCUAUGAAAUGUGUUAUUGUUGACAUAAAAAGUUCAAAACGAUAACACACGCCAACUUGUACGUCUACUUGUUAUGCUCAUGUUUAUAGGUAUAACUUUCACACUUAUGAUUAUAAGUAGGUGGAUGAAAAAGUAAAAUUAGGUUGUUAUUAAUACAACUUUCCUUUGGGAUAUUGUAGUCCUCCCACUAAUAAUAAUAAGAGGAUAUCACUAACAAUAACACGAGUGUAAUUGAAUAAUAUUAUAAUUAAUUCCUUUAUCUUUAUAGGCUAUUCAUUAACAUUUUCUUUUGAUUUUAUUAUACUGGUUACUCCCCUUAAAACUUAACAGGGGUCCAGAUUUUAAUUUUUUCUAAAAGGUAAUGCCCAAUUAUCUCAUCUUCUGACUUGUAGAGUUCAGAAGAAGAUAUAAUUGGCCAAGCCCAGUUUUUCGCCCAAAUUUAAUUGGAAUAACUUGCAUCGCACCGCUUCUGAGCCCUUGGUACAUUCAGUUAUGCCCGGCACUCGCGCCAGCACGAUUCAGCCCAGCCCCUUUCAAAUUAGCUUCGACCCGGCCCGAUUGCCAUGUCUACUGGACCCCCCUUUUAAGUCUAUUCAAACCCUUUAAAACUCUUUUAUCUUCUCUACCUUUUUGGCCCUUUGGCCGCACCCACCACUUAGAAACGUUUUUUCCCUCCGAAAGUUCAAUAGUUUAUGUCGGCCCGAUUUACGGCCGUUCACGUGCACGCCGUGAUCGUCAAAACGUUGAAGCAAUGUGCUUCGAAAAAUUGAAGCAAUGUGCGUUUUCUCAAAAAAAAAUCGAGGCAAUGUGAUUUUUUCGGGAAAUGUUAAAGCAUUCUCGUUGGGAUUGUUAAAGCAAUGUGCUUUUUCUUUUAACUUUUUUUUAUUUUUUUUAUUUUCAGAGCCGACCGACCGCCCGCCUACAGUGAACACCUGUCAGCCAGGAUUUGA